UAUGGGAGACAGCCAGGGGGCGUACUUGCUUCCUGUUCUGUGUCAGUGCGAAAGGCAAAAGAGAAAGGAGAUGAAACGGCAUCUUUGACGCACACAUAAACAACUGGCCGACGGGCAACAGUGGCGGCGUACCCGCGGACUAAAGUUGCUUCGGGAGUGCUGCUGAGACGUCUCCCUCCCCGCCUGAAGCGCCGGCGGAAUGGCGCUGAGCUCAGGCGGGUGGGCUCACGCCCCUCCGCCGGCUCCGUCUUCCUCUCUUCCCGGCUACGGGGCCUCCCAGAGCGGCUGCAACACUGUCUUAAUGUCGGUGCGCGUUUCCGUGUGCCACUCAGGAAUACGGCCGCUGUGUCUCCCGGGGGCAGGCGAUGAGUCCCUGCGUCUGCAGCUCAGCAUGGACCCGGGGAGGGCCGGGGAAUUCCGCCUAUCGCUGCGGGACGUCAGCUGCGCGGGGACUGGUCGCAGUGUGUCCAUUUCAGAAUUUGAUCUGCGCUCUGUGCGGUAUGAGGUGAAGUCGCCGCGUUGUCAUGAGUUGUGUUUGGCCGCGCCCCCUCACGACCGCAUCAGCUUCAACUUCCGCUGCGAGAAGGAAGCUCAGGAGUGGGCCACUGUGGUGAUGUCAUCACUAAGGGAGGCGCAACGAGUAGCAGACUCCUCUCCCCCUAGUGACCGACAUCUAAACCUGGAGCCUCUCGAAUCGCAGACCUCCGUCACCUUGCCUCGGACAGAGGACCUGUGCAUUGAGCUGACCCGUGCCAUCGAGGCAGGUGACUCGCGGGCCGCCUCGCAGUUUGCAGUCAACCUGGCUCGACAGCAGGUGGCGCUCAAGAUCCAGCCCUCCGAGAAGAGCUACAUGGACAGCGAAAUAAGCCUGGCAGUGGUGGUGGAAGAUGCUUCCUCUUCCUGUUGUGUCACAGUCAAAGUCUUCCUCCAUAUGACCAUUGCGUCACUCAAGCAGCAGGUGUUCCUGGAAUACGGGUUUCACCCGCGGGUGCAGCGCUGGGUGAUUGGGCAGUGCCUGUGCGCAGAGCAGCGGUCACUGGCCUCCUACGGGGUGAGGAGGGACGGGGACACGGCCUUCCUGUACCUCCUCUCGGCACGCCAGGCCCGUCUGACGCGCCAGCUGUUCCAGCAGGAUCAGGAGAGCGCCUUGCUCACCCCGCCUCCGCCCCCGCCCCCGCCCAGUAACGGCCCCGCCUCCCAGGACUGGCGGGGCUACAGCACCCUGCCCUCAAGACUGCCCCACGGCAGCAUGGGUAGCAGCGGAGGUGGGGCAGAGAGGUUGGGAAUUGGUGAAAUCCGUGAUCUCAUCAACCUAGAGAUGCCCCAGCUUAAUGAAGCAAUGGUCCCCAGCAAAGCAAACACACAGCCUGGAUGGUCUUGUCCCUCCUGCACCUUCAUUAACAAGCCCACGAGGCCCGGCUGUGAGAUCUGCAGUACGGACCGGCCCGAGAGCUACACCGUGCCUGGGGGGUAUCGGCCCGACCCACUCGAGCUGCGCCGAAUCCAGCAGGAGAAGGAGGCUGUCAGACAGUACCAACAGGCCAGGGAGGUGGAGCGGAGGGAGAACUUUGCCCGGCUGGUGAUGAUGGACGGGCAGGACUUGGUGCCGAACCCAGAGAGCGUGGACUGCCGCAUCUGCUACCUGGACCUGCAGCCUGGGGAAGGGGUGCUGCUGAGAGAGUGUCUGCACUGUUUCUGCAGAGAGUGCCUGCGCUCAGUGAUCCUAAUGUGCGAGGAGCCCGAGGUGGCCUGCCCGUACCGCGACGACUCGUACGCCUGCGACCGCACGUUGCUGGAGCGGGAGAUCCGUGCGCUGGUGUCGGGAGAGGAGUAUGAGCGCUGGCUGCAGAGGGGCCUGUCUGUGGCGGAGUCUCGCUGUGAGAGCAGCUACCACUGUGCCAGUCCAGACUGCCCGGGCUGGUGCGAGUACGAGGACACGGUCAACACCUUCCACUGCCCUGUGUGCAACAAGCACAACUGCCUGCUCUGCAAGGCCAUCCACGAGGGGAUGAACUGCAGACAGUAUCAGGACGACCUGACCGCCCGCGCCGUAAAUGACUCUGCGGCCCGCAGGACUCGCGACCUCCUGAAGACCCUGGUUCAGUCUGGGCAGGCCAUGCACUGUCCACAGUGUGGGAUCAUCGUGCAGAAGAAAGAGGGCUGUGAUUGGCUGCGCUGUACCGUCUGUCACACAGAGAUUUGCUGGGUCACCAGGGGACCGCGCUGGGGUCCUGGGGGCCCAGGGGACACCAGCGGAGGUUGCCGCUGCAACGUCAACAAACAGAGAUGCCACCCUAAGUGCCAGAACUGCCACUGAAGGGAGGAUACACAGGCAGACAGACAGAGCUACAGAGAGAGAGAGAGAGAGAGAGAGAGAGAGAGAGAGUGAGAAAGCGAGAGAGCAAGAGAGAGAGGGUGUCCACUCAAGCCGCAGGCCAAAAUUUAAUUGUCUGGCUGUCUGCCUGUGUCCCUGCUAUUUGUGGAUAGUUAACCUUAACUCACACCACACACCUCACACCUUUAACCUCUUAAAAUACCCCAGAAGUGACUAUUUUAAGGAAGCAAUAUAAUACAUGUCAGAGAGAGAAUUUGCCUUCAAUAAGUGUCCUUGCUAAUGUAUUUAUGCUCAGGGCUGAUGUCUGUAGCUGCUAUUUUAACAAAGAUUUUAGAAUUUAGAGCUGAAUGAGGAUUUAUUAUUUUUUCCUGACUGUCUGCCCUCAACUCUUCUGCCAAAGAGCCUUCAUUAUAUUGAGCUAUGAGAGUGCCUGUAGAGAUGCCAGCCAAUCCAGAGCCUAUCUUCUUGAGCCAAUCACAGGGGGCUGUGCGUGUGCCGUUGAACUGUC